GUUCUUCUUCUGCCUUGCAGCAUAAAAACUUUCCCAUAACAACUUAUGAGCAGUAUAAGUGCAAAUGAAAAUACCACUAUUAUUUACAAGCAAAGAAAGAAAGAGACCUCAAGGGUCCUUCCUGCAGGACAGUCGGUGGUAAUGACCUUGGGUGAAAAUGGAGGAGUCCAGGCAGAGCAAAUCUCUGGGGUGGUGUUUGCCUGCCAUUUCCCUUCUGGAAUGCUUCUUCAUUUCUUUGGUAUGUUGAAAUAACUGAAUUGUACAGCCAUGGAUUCACCGAAUCUUUUCAGCCUUGGAUGUGAAAUCAGGCCUUUCAUCCCCCUUCUCGUUUUUAUCCAUGGUUGGAACUUUUUGGCUGCUGGGUCCACAUUCUACAAACCUGCAGUGACCAAGCACCUUUGCCCUUCAAAAUUCUGAACUCCCCAGCUUCUUCUUUUCUGUAAACUUUUCCCCUGACAGCACUGCUGUAUGUUUCUUCCCCCCGAUUUCUCCUCCUCCUCCUCCUCCUCCUCCUCCUCCUAUGUCUACUUUGAAGCCCACCCCCCUGCCUGGAGUCCAGACACCUGGUUUCCCUCUUACCCACUCACUCCACUUCUUGGAGGCAAGAUGAAGGAGACCUGAAAUUUCACCCCUGCACUUGUUCCUUAAGCUCCUCCAAAAUUCAGUGCAGCGUCAGAUGUGCCCAUGUGGUGACUGCAGAUUUGAGCAGUGCAGUCUGUAUGUGGCUUCCAGCCAUAAUCCCACAUCCCUCUGCCUCUCCUUCUCUCCAUCUGUGUCCCUCUUUCUCGCUCCCAUCUCCCAGCAACAUUCACUUGCUCCUCUCCCGGUCCCUAUGAGAAGUAUUGCACAGGUUCAAUCAAAAUUGACUCCUCACUUCCCCUGGAUAUUAGAGUAUCGCCCGACCAUUCUUGUGCAAGGACAGCUGCCCUCUAAAUGUUCUGGAUGACAGCUUUCAGAAUCCCUUUCCUUUGGCCAUUUUGGCUAAAGAUGAUAGGAGUUGGAGUCAAAAGCAACUUGAAAGCUGCAGGAUAUUAGGAUUAUCCUAUUCUGGGGUUUUAUAUAAUUUUCACACAUAUUACUAAAUAUUGUUCAUGAUGAGAGAGCUAUUAAGUUGGAAGUAGCUUUUCUUGCUGUCAAGCCCUUAACGCCUGCCUAUGCCAAAAAGCAAGAUUCUCAGUCUUCUUUAACCAGAUUUAUUGAAAGGGAAAAGGAUCUCUGAUUUGCAUUUAACUGACAGAGGCAGAGUCUGCCUGUCUCAUCCCCACUGUCUCAUUUUUCAACAUUAGUGCUGCUAAUGGUGUAAGUUUUCUAGUAGGGCACUAGGGUCAUCCCCCAACUAUAUAUUUGGGACCACUAGCUCAAAGUGAUUCUGGUCGCCCUGUGAGAUCAUCCAGAGAGGGCCUCUGUCAGCCCCAAGAUGUAGAUCAGAUCAAGAAAUCAGCUCCAUGUUAAGACUAAGGCUACUUCUAUUAAGAUUGGCUGUAGUACAGAAACUUUCAAAUCUGAUUAUGGGUUACCUCCUCCCCCUCUUAUACAAAGAGUUGGGCGGGGGGUGUCUGAUACUUUUUCGUAUUCCUCCUUCAUUGUUUGGGCUUAAGCCAUAUUUCCCUCCUUGUUGAUUUGGUAACAAAUCUCUCCUCUCUCCAUCAAGGCCACCCUUUUUAUUCUCUACAGGGUCCCAUCCUCUCAAGAAGAGAGGGGCGCACAGGCCAGAAGGCAGGCCUUCUGUUUGGGAGGCCAGGAUUAUGGAAUAUGUUGCCCCUGGAAGUGUGCUUGGCCAUCUUGCUCCUCGGAUUUCAAAAGACACCAAAAAUGCUUCUUUUUCAACAGCGAUUCAAUUGCUAAUCGAAUGGAGACCAAGCAACCACUAGGAGGUACCACCUCGUGCAGAGGAGAUCAUAAUCCCCGCAGAUGUCACUCCUGAAAAAGUCCCCACCCACAUUGUAGACUACUCAGAAUCAGAACAGACAGAAGAAGAACUCCAGGAAGAGAUUGCCAAGGCAAACGUGGUAUGCAUGGUCUAUGAUGUCACAGAGGAGUCCACCAUUGACAAGAUUCGGACAAAAUGGAUCCCAAUGGUGAACAGUGGUGUUGAGAAAUGUUCCAGGAUCCCCAUCAUUCUUGUGGGAAACAAGUCCGACCUGCACACUGGGAGCUCCAUGGAAGCCAUUCUGCCCAUUAUGAAUCAAUUCUCUGAGAUCGAGACCUGUGUGGAGUGUUCAGCGAAGAACCUGAAAAACAUUUCUGAGCUCUUCUACUAUGCCCAGAAAGCUGUUCUUCACCCAACUGCCCCUCUCUAUGACCCAGAGGAGAAACAGUUAAGACCAGCAUGUGCACAGGCGCUCACUCGGAUUUUCAACAUGUCUGAUCAAGACAACAACCAGAUCUUAAGUGAUGAAGAACUUAACUAUUUCCAGAAAUCCUGCUUUGGAAACCCUUUGGCUCCUCAGGCUCUGGAAGAUGUAAAAAUGGUGGUCUGGAAGAACACAACAGAUGGUGUCCAGGACAAUGGCCUUACACUCAAUGGUUUCCUUUUCCUCAACACCCUCUUCAUCCAGAGAGGGCGCCACGAGACCACAUGGACUAUUCUCCGCCGCUUUGGCUACGACGAUGCCCUGGAGCUGACCGAUGACUAUCUCUGCCCACUGAUCCGGGUACCCCAGGACUGUUCAACAGAGCUCAACCAUUUUGGCUACCAGUUCCUGCAGCGGAUGUUUGAGAAACAUGACAGGGAUCGUGACGGCGCCCUCUCGCCCACUGAGCUGCAGAACUUCUUUGGUGUGUUCCCCUACGUCCCCUGGGGACCUGAGCUCUACCACACGGUAUGCACCACUGAUAAAGGCCUGCUUUCCCUGCAUGGAUUCCUCUGCCAGUGGACGCUGAUUGCCUACCUGGAUGUCCAUCGCUGCUUGCAACACUUGGGCUACCUGGGGUACCCCAUCUUCUCUCAGCAGGACUCUCAGAUUCAUGCCAUCACAGUUACCCGGGAAAAAAGGAUUGACUUGGAGAAAGGCCAGACCCACCGGAACGUUUUCUUCUGCAAAGUGAUUGGCUCUCAAGGGGUUGGCAAGUCUGCUUUCCUGCAGGCCUUUCUAGGGAAUAAUGUGGGGGUCCAAAGUCAAUCUGAGGGAAGGGGAUCAUCCUAUUCAAUUAACACCGUGCAGGUCAAUGGACAGGAAAAGCAUUUAAUUCUGCACGAGAUUGAGGCGGACGUGGAAUUUGCAAAGGCCUCCGACGCAUCUUGCGACGUUGCCUGCUUCUUGUAUGACGUGACAGACCACAAAUCUUUUAAUUAUUGUGCUAGUAUUUAUAAGCAACACUACAUGGACAGGCAGAUCCCUUGCCUCUUUGUGGCCUCUAAGGCUGACCUGCCGGAAACGUCACCGCAACACGGCCUCUCCCCAGUCGAGUUCUGCUACAAACAUCGCUUGCCGCCGCCAUUUUACUUCUCCUCCAUCGGCCAGGGCCCUCUCAGCGCCACAGUCUACACCAAACUAGCCACGGCUGCCACUUUUCCGCACCUGAACGACAUUGAGUUGGGCGCUUCAUCCUUCUGGAUCCGAAUUGCCUUGGGAGCCGCGGUGGCCACCAUUGUGGGAGUCACUCUCUACAAAGCUGUGUCAAAGAACAAGUAGAGUAAGGAAAGGACAUGGGGAUCUCUGUUGGUUUUCCUCCCUGGUCUAGGUUUUUUUUCCCCACCCAAGUCCAGUUAACCAACUUCAUUUGCCUCAAGCACAUUGCCAGGCCAGAAAGAAGUGUGCAAGGGGAAGACAAAAGGCCAACUGAAGGACAAACUACCCCCUCGGCUUCUCCCGGGGGGGUGGGUGGAGGUUGCAGAUGGGAGUGGAUGACAAGCAUUGCACCAGCAUCAGCAGAAAUCAUCACAGUCAACUAGCUGGCAUGGGCAAGACUCGCAUUUUUCUCACUCAGGGAAUGUCCCCAAUCCUGUCAAGCCAUAGCAUCAGAUAUCUUCUGGGCCAUCCAGCUCCUACGAGUAUCUCAGCUUCUCCUGAUUUGUUUUUUAACCAUCUUUGGCUGUUCUUCAGAAGCUGAAGCUACUGCAAUCUGGUAAAUGUUUUUAAGGAGACUUGUCUUGGGGAGAGCUGAGACUAAGGGUUGGUCCUUUAUGGUUCCAUCUGGUUUCUGGGCUGGCCCUUCUGUUCAAUCUCCUGCUUGGGAGUCUAUCCUUGAGCUCCUGUGGGGGGGGGGGGGGAACGCGGGGUU